CUCCACUCCAGGCUGGAUGCAAACUAAGGUGAACGUGGGAUGAAAAUUAUUUUUUAGUUCCUUUCCCUGCCAGCUGCCACAGAUUCUUUAGGCUACAGAAGUCACCUUCUCCUGGGAAGUGUUUGCAGUAGCCCUAGUGCUGUUCACUUCUUAUCACCAUGGACGUUCUCCUGGGACUCUUUCUUUUCUGUGUGCUUCUAAAUACAGGUGCUGCUUUGGAGUGUGAAAUUUGCUCCGCCAUGGGCAGCAGGACCUGUACCGGCAGAAUGAAAACUUGUGCAGCUGUUGAGGAGACCUGUUCCAAUACGUUGAUUGAAGUCUCACAAGAUGAACAAGAAUUUCCAGUUAUAAUAAAGGGCUGUGCAUCUUUCCACAAGCUCAUAACCAAUCAAUAUUAUUUUACAAUUGGUGGAGGGAAAAUCUUCAGGAUGAGUGGCGUCUAUUGUGUGGGAGAAGCUUGCAAAUCAGCCUUACCUGAGUUGGCACCAAUCCAGACCAAACCCAACGGAAAGCAGUGUCCUGCCUGCCACUCCUACACAUCCACGUGCCCUGAUGAGGUCGUCCAAUGCACCGGGUCUCAGCACUACUGCUUUAAAUCAGUCUCACAUUCAGUGAUUGGUUAUCCUGAUGGGCUUGAUGUAAAUAUUCUGAUGAAGGGCUGCACCACGGAUGCUCUCUGUGAUCUACUGAACCUUGGCAAAUACCUUAGCUUACCAGGCAUUGGAAAUCACAUGGCAGGUGAGUGCUGGCCAGCCAAAAACACCUGUCAAUGAUUGACAGCCCUCCUUCCAGCACUUCCUGCACUCUUCCUGAUGGAGUCAAGCAGGUUCUUCAGAAGGGAUUUGUCUGCCUCUUGGAGAAAAAGAAUGAAAAUUGGAAGAAGAAAUGAGGCCUGGUUUUUGUCUGCAUUUAUUGACUUUGAGGUCUGGAAGAAAAAUCCCCACCCAUCCAAUGGUGUGGAGAUCAGAGCUGAAAGAUUGUGCAUGCAUUCCGUAUCGGUCAACAUUUCAAACUGCACUGAGAUCCUAGAAGGGAGGAUUGUAGCAAAUAAAUAAAUGCCAUUGAUUUGGUCAUGGGGUAUUUCUGAAAUUCUCCCCGUCUGGCCAGUCAAUGUUAAAACAAAAAAGUUUGCGGGAGUGAUGUCUUUUACAGGAUAUAAGGGUGGGGUGGGGGGCAACACAGGAAAGUAGGGAGGAAAGAAGCAAGAAAAAAUAGACAGCAGCUUCUGGCUAGAGCAGCUAGGUCUCUGAAAAUAUCUCAGUCUAGUUUUUAUGAUUGGAAUGUGUUACCUGCACCUCGAGUGCUGUAUUGCAUUGCGGUCUUCUAAAAUCAUCAAGGAAUUGGGUGAGAAUAAACAUACUUGAUUUUA